AUGCCAAGGUUCCCAUGGUCACCUAUCACUGCUUCUGCUGGUGUCUUAUUAAGUAACGACUAUCAAAAUGAAUAUUAUAAUAAUUAUUCUUCCACUUAUGAUAUCGCACUUUAUAUAAAGGCAGCUGUGAAUUUAAGAAUUAAAGGUGUAACCAAUUUGGAAAAUAGAAUAAAUGAAGCUUUAAAUAAUGACACUUUAAGCAUCCACGAGCUUACCAAGAAAUUUGGAGAAUAUUACGCGACAAAAUUAUACUUCGGUGGGAGGUUAACGAAAACUAUUAGAAUAACUAAGUUAGAAUUUAGCAGACAAAAGUCAGGAACGGCUUCUUUUAAAACUACGAUUGAUUCUGACGUAGCUAACAUGGAAUUAAAUAUAAGCCAUCAAAAUAAACAUGGAGAAAAUAAUAAAAAUAGAAAAGAGUAUGACAAAAUUGUAUCAUAUGGAGAAGAUAAUUGGAAAGUAGUUGAUUAUGAUGUAGAGCCAAUUUUUAAUAUCCUAAAACAUACAAACAUCUAUAAAAAAGUUGUUAAAAAAAUCCUUGGAAAAAGAAUUCUAUAUAAAAAUAUCAAUACUAUCCCAUUUUCACCUAAUGAACAAUAUAUCCACUAUAAUUUAAAUGUGUGCAAAGAUUUAGAACCUAUACUUCAUAAUUGUCAAAUUUUCCCUUCUAUUACAAGAGGUAAAAGUCCAUGUACACUAAAAAUUUUUUGGAUGGUUAUUGGUUAUCCGAUCGAUUUUACCUAUGGUUCUGAAAUUGAAUUUAAAUAUAGUGGCCACGAAGUUGUAGAUAAAAUUAACAGCAAUAAUUAUAGCAAGCCAAUUAAAAUCCAGAUUUCCGAAGACUUUAAAAAACAAAACUUUUGCAUUUUAGUAACAUGUGAUGAAUUUUUCACUCAAGAAAACAAAGAAACUUUGAAAACUGUGAUGGGUGUUAAACUUUUUAUGAAUAAUAAUAAUUUAGUAUCUCGUGCAUUUAUUUUUAAUCCUGGAGCUCAAACUCUAAAUAAUAUGAAUUGUUCCACACUUAAGAUUAGUUACAGCAUUGCCGAAAUUGACCGCUCUUUUUCAGCGUUGGAGAAAAAGUCAUCUAUAAGCAUCUUCAACAAACAACAGGCACUUUAUAAAAUUCCGAAGAGAUUAUAUAAACAUAUUGAACAAAUGUUUAUCACUGUUUAUGACCAAGAGGAAUUUGUGACCAUUACACCUAAAAACAUUAUUUUCUUCUCUAUUAGUGAUCCUGUUGAUAAAUAUCUUAAUAUUUUAUCUUUUUCACUGUUCUGA